AUGACACGACACUCAAGAAAUUGUACAGCAGGACCUGUUUACUCAUACCAUGAGCGUCAGAAAGAUACAAAAAUCUCCGGCUAUGGGACACGAUCCAUUCGAUUGAGUAAAGACUCUGUUCGAGGUUUCGAUUGCUGCUGUUUAACAUUGCAACCGUGCAGAGAUCCUGUUAUGACGCCUGAUGGUUAUCUCUACGACAAGGAAGCCAUAUUUUCUGCACUACUACGUCAAAAGAAAGAAGCUGCAUUAAAAAUGAAGGCUUAUGAAAAACAAUUGAAAGAACAGCAAAAAGAAACUUCUGCAAUAGCUGCUUCUGAAGAGCAAGCUAAAGUUGAAGCUUUUAAAGCCACAGGUACGGGUAAAACAAUUUUUCAAUGUUACAAAGUUGAUGUUAAUGUAAUAUUUAAUAUUGUUAGUAGUUCUACAACUGAAGAUAAGAAUCUAACUAGUUUUUGGGUUCCUUCACUAACACCUCAAGCCAAGCCAACAUUAAUUAAAAAGCCUGAUAACAAAACAUAUUGUCCGAUGAGUGGUAAACCUAUAAAAAUUAAGGACCUUAUCCCUGUAGAAUUUACUGAAAUCGUUGACAAGGAUGAUAAAAGAUCGCUCAUAUGCAAAGAUGCUCGGUAUAUGUGUCCAAUCACUCAUGAUACUCUGAGUAAUUCUGUUCCUGCAGCUGUGCUACGAUCGAGUGGUAAAGUAGUCUCUAUGGAAAGUAUCGAAAAAAUCGUGAAAAAAGAUAUGAUCGAUCCGUUUACGUCCACUAAGAUAACGGAGAAAGACAUUAUUGUGUUACAGAGGGGAGGUACAGGAUUUUCUGCUGCCAAUGAAGGAUUACAGGCUAAAUUAGCCAGACCUGUGAUGUCAAUUUCUUAA